CUUGCAAAGAAAGAACUAAGAGUUUCAUUCAAAGGGUUCGUACUGAGAGACGGCUCCCCCUUAUUCGUACGCCCCUUCAUUUUCCUCCAUCUUACCCACUGCCUGCCAUGAGAGUAUCAUUCAAGAAAUCGUCACCGCUCAUACCCAUCGAUGGGUUUUUGAUUCUAGGGAGAUAAAAGCGAACAAGGCGUAGGUGGGUAGACCUCCAAAUUGGAACCCCAGAGAGAUUGGUCUGUAGGAGGGAUUUAUCGAUCUGGUGAGGUCUGUUAUUGGCAAGUAUAGAAGCAGCUUGGGAGGGCUUGGCCAAAAUCGGAUAUGGCAACACAAGGACAGGUGGUAAUGGACCCUGCAGUGCUAGACGAUUUAAUUAAACGGCUCACAGAGGUCCGAUCAGCCAGACCUGGCAAGCGGGUCCAGCUCUCCGAGGCUGAGAUUAAGCAGCUCUGUCUCGCCUCCCGCGAGGUCUUCCUUCAGCAGCCCAAUUUGCUCGAGCUAGAGGCCCCCAUCAAGAUUUGCGACACCUACAAAUGAACUCCAGAUCAUUUGAGGGGCAUUUGAUGCUGGAAUGAACCAUCUAUAGCAGUUAAAUAAAGCAUGCAGGGUGACAUUCAUGGGCAAUACAGUGAUUUGUUGAGGCUUUUCGAGUAUGGUGGUUUUCCACCUGAGGCCAACUAUUUAUUCUUGGGAGACUAUGUUGAUCGUGGCAAGCAGAGCUUGGAGACUAUAUGCCUCUUGCUUGCCUACAAGAUUAAAUUCCCGGAGAACUUUUUCCUCCUAAGAGGAAAUCAUGAAUGUGCUUCUAUAAAUCGCAUUUAUGGAUUCUAUGAUGAAUGCAAGAGGCGGUUCAAUGUGCGGCUUUGGAAAUCGUUCACCGACUCUUUUAAUUGCCUUCCUGUCGCAGCUCUCAUAGAUGACAAAAUAUUAUGCAUGCAUGGUGGUCUUUCCCCUGAUUUGACACAUUUAGAUCAAAUCAGAAACUUGCCUCGCCCAACUGCUCUUCCAGACACUGGUUUGCUGUGUGAUUUGUUAUGGUCAGAUCCUGGUAGAGAUGUUAAAGGGUGGGGAAUGAAUGAUCGUGGAGUUUCAUAUACCUUUGGCCCUGAUAAGGUAUCUGAGUUCUUGAACAAGCACGAUUUGGACCUUGUCUGCCGUGCACAUCAGGUUGUGGAGGAUGGAUAUGAGUUUUUUGCUGAUAGGCAACUUGUGACCAUAUUCUCAGCUCCCAAUUAUUGUGGCGAAUUCGAUAAUGCUGGUGCUAUGAUGAGUGUCGAUGAAGACCUGAUGUGCUCCUUUCAGAUUUUGAAACCUGCAGAAAAAAAUGCAAAUGCUAAGUUCAUGAUGUCAAACAAAAUGUGACGGUGGGCUGAAACUUGAACACGUAAUCCUGAGUUGAGGGUGGGGGUACCAGUUGAAAUUUAAAUGGGCUGUACUACGGAUCGUGUCCCAACCAGACCAAUGCAGCUGUGUGGGUAGGAGCAGUCCUUCUAGACUGUCUCUCUCGUCUUUCUUCUUGGCAGUGUUAUAUUACUGGACGAUGCAUCUGUACAUAUUUCUCUCCGGGCUGCAAAUUGAAAUCGAUGUUUUUGCUGUACACGAGGGGUUAUGUCUGCCGUACCAGGCUGGGCACCUUUGAAGUUGUCUAAUUUCUGAUAAUUUGCAUUUAGAUCUUGCGACUUUUGUGUUGUUUCUACGCUGGUUGGCGUUUGGCAACGUAAAACAUGGCAUUUUUUUCUAGUGCCCACAAGUGUCAAGUGGUGUCAAUCUUGAGUGGGGAUGGUUUGGUUGCUUUUCAAUUGGUGGACUAAAACAAGUGGACUGUCUAAUAGGAUGACAAUUCUACUCGUGAUUGUUAUUGGUUUAACCGUCCCAAACUAGUCAAUCACCUUUCGAACACUCACCACGACCUCCUGGUCAAUUACGCCGCUUGCCCUCUGGUCACCUGCGGCGAGAAUGGGAUAUCUAUAACUUUUGUAUUAUGGUGGUAUCAGUUCGUAUGAACUGAUAUUUGUGUUUUUGAAGUGAUAGUAUUAUGUAUGAUUUGAUAAUAAUUUAUUGUUUUAUUUUGUAUUGGUAUUGAUUCCUAUAAAAUGAUAUUGGGGUUUUUGAAGUGGUAGACUUGUAGUUGUAUGAUUUGUUAUUGAUUUAUUUUUGUAGUGGUAUUGAUUCGUCUUAACUGCUAU